GGCGCAUGCGCACACCUAGCGGGCGGAGGUCUGUCGAGCGAGUGGAAAGAUUUCAGGGAGAAAGUGCGCGGGAGCGGGGCGGGAGAGCGCAAGUGCGCAGGCGCGGUCGGUCGCGGGGCGGGCUGCGAGCGGAAUCUCAGCCAUCCUCAGUCCCUGCCGCAUCUCCCUGCCUGUCGCCAUGGCCGCCUACAAGCUAGUGCUGAUCCGGCACGGCGAGAGCGCCUGGAACCUGGAGAACCGAUUCAGCGGCUGGUACGACGCCGACCUGAGCCCGGCGGGCCACGAGGAGGCGAAGCGCGGCGGACAGGCGUUGCGAGAUGCUGGCUAUGAAUUUGACAUCUGCUUCACCUCCGUGCAGAAGAGAGCCAUCCGGACUCUCUGGACAGUCCUGGAUGCCAUUGACCAGAUGUGGCUGCCAGUAGUCAGGACUUGGCGCCUCAAUGAGCGACACUAUGGGGGUCUGACUGGUCUCAAUAAAGCAGAAACUGCUGCCAAGCAUGGUGAGGCACAGGUAAAGAUCUGGAGGCGAUCUUAUGAUGUCCCACCACCUCCGAUGGAGCCUGAUCAUCCCUUCUACAGCAACAUCAGCAAGGAUCGCAGGUACGCAGACCUUACUGAGGACCAGCUGCCCUCCUGUGAGAGCCUGAAGGACACUAUUGCCAGGGCACUGCCCUUCUGGAAUGAAGAAAUCGUCCCCCAGAUCAAGGAGGGGAAAAGAGUCCUGAUUGCGGCCCAUGGCAACAGCCUUCGGGGCAUCGUCAAGCAUCUGGAGGGUCUCUCAGAAGAGGCCAUCAUGGAGCUGAACCUGCCAACUGGCAUCCCCAUUGUCUAUGAAUUGGACAAGAACUUGAAGCCUGUCAAACCCAUGCAGUUCCUGGGAGAUGAAGAGACCGUGCGGAAAGCUAUGGAAGCUGUGGCUGCUCAGGGCAAGGUCAAGAAGUGAAGUCCAGCAGGCCGACUCCUACCCCAGUACCCUCCCCACUGCCUGUUGAUGCCUCCGGCACCCUUCCCCAACACCUGUCACGCUGACCACAUCUGUAGGAUCUUAACUUUAGGUUGUAGCUGCAGAUGAGAACCUGCAGCUCCCAUUUUUAGUAUUUUAUCCCCUGCACCCACUCCCUUCAUAGAAUCUAGUCAGAAUAACACCUCUGGGGUGCAGGUUCCUGGUCCACAUCCAGGAACAGCUCCCCUUGCCAGGAGAGUUGAGAGGUAGUAAUUACAGUUUUUCUUAGUCCUUUGUUUACUAAGGGUCUGCUUUAGGAAGAGGUCUGAGAGGAACCAUGCUGUGGUAUGACCAAUGAGAAGCUACAGCCCAAUUUUGUCCCUGGAGCCUGUCCUGCACCCUUGUUAGGUAAGGGGGCUGUAGUCAUUCCAGUGAAGGGUGAAAGUAACUUGCAUGGUGACUUAAAAGACACUACCUUCCUCUCUGACUAAAGGAGCUGCUGGCCCCAGAAGGUUGGGAUCAAUCCUGUCAAGUCUAUGUGUUACAUCCACUUUUACAAAAAAAAAAGUACAUAUAUAUUUAUCAGCACACAAAGCCCCUCUGAGGUUUCUAGUGGUGAUUGAAACAGUCCCAUGUGGUCACCAGAAAAUAAGCCAUUCCUCAUAGCAAAUAGGAUAAAUUCCUUGUCCUCAAGGGGCAGGAGUGCCUCUUGCUGUGUUUUAGGAUUCCUCUGCCUUGUCUUGUAGAGGUGAAGUGCCCCUUGAUCAUGUCCAGGUUUUGUCUUUCACUGUCUGAAUCAUGUUCUAGCUGCUUGACCCUAUCAUGUGGGUUCAGAACUCGUUUGGGCAUAAAUACUAAAUCUCUUUCCAGAUCAGUAUAAUAAAAGAGUGAUGUGCAAUA